AUGAAUAACCACGAGAUGUUGUAUACAUGUGAGAAACCUUUCGAGUGUCCAGAGUGUGGAAAAAGAUUCAUUAAUGAGAGGAAAAUGGAUAAACACAUGAUGUGUUUACAGAUGUGUACAGGUGAGAAACCUUACGAGUGUCCAGAGUGUUGGAAACGAUUCGUCAACCCAAGGGACAUGAACAAACACAUAAUGAAGUGUACAGGUGUGAAACCUUACGAGUGUCCAGACUGUGGAAAAAGAUUCAGUGAUGAGAGGAAAAUGGAUAACCACAUGAUGUAUCCUGGUGAGAAACCUUUUGAGUGCCCAGAGUGUUGCAAAAGAUUCAGUAAAAAGAGGAAACUAAAUAAACACAUAACGGUGUGUACGGGUGAGAAAACUCAAGAGUGUCCAGAAUGUGGGAAAAGAUUCAGAAAUAAAAGAUCUCUGAAGAUUCACAGAAUGGUACAUACUGGUGAAAAACCUCACGACUGUCCCGACUGUGGAACACGUUUUGAUAAUUUGACAAAUCUGAACAAACACAGGUUGCUGCAUUCAGCUGAAAUACCAUUAAAUAAUGACAAUAAUAUUUUUUGUGUAAAAAAUAUAAUUGAUCACAGUGAUACAAUGAAACAUGCACGUGAUACUGGUGAGAAGCUUUACGAGUGUGGAAAAAGUUUCUGCUAUCUUGGAAAUACCAACCACGAGAUGUUGUAUACAUGUGAGAAACCUUUCGAGUGUCCAGAGUGUGGAAAAAGAUUCAUUAAUGAGAGGAAAAUGGAUAAACACAUGAUGUGUUUACAGAUGUGUACAGGUGAGAAACCUUACGAGUGUCCAGAGUGUUGGAAACGAUUCUUCAACCCAAGGGACAUGAACAAACACAUAAUGAAGUGUACAGGUGUGAAACCUUUCGAGUGUCCAGACUGUGGAAAAAGAUUCAGUGAUGAGAGGAAAUUGGAUAACCACAUGAUGUAUCCUGGUGAGAAACCUUUUAAGUGCCCAGAGUGUUGCAAAAGAUUCAGUAAAGAGAGGAAAAUAAAUAAACAAAUGACGGUGAGUACGGGUGAUAAAACUCAAGAGUGUCCAGAAUGUGGGAAAAGAUUCAGACAUAAAAGAUCUCUGAAGAUUCACAGCAGGGUACAUACUGGUGAAAAACCUCAGUGUCCCGACUGUGGAACACGUUUUUAUAAUUUGACAAAUCUGAACAAACACAGGUUGGUGCAUUCAGCUGAAAUAUUAAAUAAUGACAAUAAUAUUUUUUGUGUAAAAAAUAUCAUUGAUCACAGUGGUACAAUGAAACAUGCACGUGAGAAGCUUUACGAGUGUACCGAGUGUGGAAAAAGAUUCUGCUAUCUUGGAAAUAUGAAUAGACACAUGAAGGUGCAUACAUAUAUCGUUCCCGAAAUAUGA